AUGCUUCUCACAGUUUUGUUUUUUAUUUUGCCUCUGCUGACGCAAGUUGCCUUCUGCGGCGUAGAGAAGGUGAUUGAGUUGAAUCCUCAGUCGCUGAGUAAGUUGGAGGACCUCUCAAAGACCACGAAUGUUACACUGCUUGUCCUCUUCUACGCCCCAUGGUGCUACUACAGCAAGAAGGUGCUGCCUGUUUACGACCAGGCUGCUGCGUUGCUACCCGCACGAAAUCCACAGCUUUACCUGGUCAAAAUCGACGCUUCGAAGUACAAAGCCGACUUGAAGAGUUACAAGAUAGGGGGCUACCCUACAAUCGUGUACUUGAUCAAUGGGACGCGACACAAGUACACAGGCGACCGAUCUGUAGAAGACUUGUCCGAUUUCGUCGAGAAAGUUAGACGGAAAUGA